AUGGCGUCGUGGUUGUUAUUGGCGGCCAUUUUCGCUGCUGCGUACGCGCAGAAUAAUAGAAAUGAUGGGCCAAGGUUCGUAUCUCGUGGCCACUCCUUCAGAACGGUUGUCGGUGACACACUUUUACUGCCUUGUCAAGUACAGAAUUUAGGUUCCCUAGUCCUAUUAUGGAGGCGUGGUCCAGCUGUCCUGACGGCCGCUAGCCUCAUGGUAACCAGGGAUGAGAGGUUUCGUCUGGUGGAUGGAUACAACUUGCAGAUAACAGAUGUCGGACCUCAGGACGCUGGCGACUACGUCUGCCAAAUCUCGGAUCGAGUUGCGCGUGAUCAGGUCCACACCGUGGAAGUCCUAGUUCCGCCCAGCGUUCGGCCUUCGCCCGAGUCCAGACAUGCUGCUGCGAGGCGUGGUGGCGCAGCUGUCUUGGAGUGCAGGGCUUCUGGGAACCCGGUGCCGUCAGUUACUUGGCAUAAGCUGAAUGAUACGAGCACCCGUCUGGGCGAAGGUCCUCAACUCCAGCUGUCCAGGCUGGAGCGCCAGCACAGCGGGAGAUAUGCCUGUACCGUCGACAAUGGCGUCGGGCCACCUAUUGUUACGGAGUUUCAGCUGCAAGUCCUCUUUCCCCCUGAAAUCAUGGUGGAGAGGUCAUGGGUGCACACCGGGGAAGGUUUUCGAGCUGAACUACUCUGUACGGUCCUCGCAGAUCCACCCGCUGAGGUGUUAUGGUACCAGAACUCCUUCCCCUUGAGCGGCACAGAACGGGUAACGAUGUCCGUAAGAGGGAAUAAUCAUACCUUGCUUAUUGCUAAUGUGCAACCUGAAGACUUUGGAAAUUAUACAUGCGUAGCAGACAACAGCCUGGGUAGAGCGAGACAGCACGUCGAAGUGUCUGGUCGGCCGGGACCAGCAAGGUUCACUUCACCCCCCCUCGCCCGCACCGCGCACGCUUAUACGUUAACCUUCGCUGUGGACAGUUACCCACCACUGGACGAAUUGAGGUUGCUGUACCGACAGUUGGCUAUCAACGAGUCGUUUCAACAGCCAGGUCGGUGGCACGACGUGGUGAUACCAGCACCAGAACCCACUGGGUCUCUCACCCAUCGGGUGACCCAUGAAUUGAGAGGCCUAGAGGCUGGUGCUGUCUACGAAGCGAUAGUCCAAGCGAAGAACAGAUAUGGUUGGAACGAAGUAAGCGAUAUCUUCCAAUUCCAUACUCUCGGUGGAUCUCACACUGCGCACGCAAACGAACUAUCACCAAUGUUCUCAUCAGCGCGCGAGCAUCGAUUGAGCAUUUUCCUAAUCGUAUACACCCUCUUCACAUUCGGAUGA